GCAAGAACAGCAGGCAAGAAUAUGCAGUGGUUUAUUGGCAUCAGUUGCGUUCUGUCGUAGUGAUCACUGUGCGGCAGUUUAUGUUCGCACACAUCGAACUGUUACGAGUGACGUGUCUCAUUGCGCAUUUCGCGAAAUCUCUGGUGAAGUUACGGGACCUGGUUCAGCUCUGAUGAGCUGACAGAAGCGGUCGAAGGUGGUGCCACGGGUAGUGCUUGAAAUGGAGCCGGAUCCCCAUUGGCAACUCUCUGGAACCUCUUCUGGCGCUCGAGACGCGGAGUUGCUGCGCCCGAUACCGGAGUUGACUGUGGGACCUAGUAUACGCGCGCGAACGCAUUAUGAUUACCCGCAGAUAGCUCCUCAGGGAGGAGAUGGAGACCGACCAACUCCGCCCAAGGAACCAGAGCCCGUCCAGCAGCACUCCGAAGUGGCCUUGCGGCUAGGAAGCAUACUCCUGGACAACUUGGUGGCGCAGCCGUGCAUAGUGCUGAGAAGACAAUGUCAGGUGCAUAGGGCUGCCAGCAAGUACCACUUGACACCAUGGACGCUCUUUCCAAUCAUCGCGAGGCUGCAGCAGAGACAGGGUUUGAUCACCCUCUGGAAAGGUGCACCAAGCAUGUUUAUUGUACGUGGCAUCAUUGUGGUGGUGGAGACUGUCCUUGCUGAAACGACCUCACUUCCUCGAGAGCUCACAUCACACAGUUCUCUUCGUCAGCUAUGGCAACAUCUGCUUCUCAAAAGCGUGGCCCUUGCUGUGGCAACGCCCUUCAGCUGUGCCAGUCUCGUGGAAGUGGUUCAGUGCGAGGGGGCCAGUGAACGACCGGGCUUAUUUGACUGCCUGCGUGAGGGUCUAGUGCGGCUGCUUCCACGAGGGGGUCCCAAGCGUGGUCGCCUGCUGCCCCUGUGGCGCCUCCUGGGCCCAUCCAUGGCUCAUGGCCUCGCCCACUACCUACUGUCCAGCGUGGUGCGAUGGGCUGCAUUGCAACUGCUCUGCAUUCACCGGCACAGACAGCACCGACAGAUACUACUGUUGCGGCACCAGGCUGGCAUUGUGCAUGGCCCCAUGGGCGAUGCGCCGGAAGUACAGCCAGAAGGUGCUUCAUUUCUUGAAGAAAUGGUGGCAUCACUCAUUGGUGCACUCGUGGCAGAUGUGCUGCUCUUUCCUUUGGAAACUGUACUCCACAGGUUGUACUUGCAGGGAACGCGAACCAUUGUGGACAACCUGGACACAGGCUGCUCGGUGACUGCCAUCAUAUCCCAGUACCAAGGACCAGUGGACUGCUUCCGGUGCAUAGUGGCUGAGGAAGGUGCAGCGGGCCUUUACAAGGGAUUCGGGGCUCUGCAGCUUCAAUACGUGCUCCAGGGAGCCCUGCUCAAGCUGACACAAAUGCUGUGCCAGGAGUUCUGCCCACAUGUCCUGUAGUACCGUGCUUCUUUUAUUUGCACACAUUGUGGUUUAGUGAGGGAGUGCUCGACCGUUCUGCCACCUUGCUUUCCAUGACUACACAAGUAAUAUGGUUCAGAAGUGGCACUGCUUCGGAAUCACUAGUGCAUCAGCCUAUGUCGUGCCCUGGCAUGCUAGAAAAAUUGUCACUUUUCUUUUCAGCACAGAAAAUUUGGCCACGUGAUGUGUAGCCACAUCUUGAAGAUGAACCUGUGCUGCACUUGGUGGCCCAGCGCUGAACACUUGGCACCCAUGAACAACUAGUAUGCAUGUAACUUAGGCUCCACAUGCUACAAACAGCUAGAAAGUCUGGGCAUCACUUCCAGUUGCAAUGAAUUUUACUAUAAUUUCAGCUGAAGGUGAUUUUCUUCCCUUGAAACGGUACCACUGCCUUCUGGGCUUGUCGCUUGGCUGCCCAGGAUGGAUGCAGGUCUGCUGGCACAUG